CACCAAAUUUUUGGGUAUCACCAAAUGUUUGGGUAUCACCAAAUUUUUGGGUAUCACCAAAUGUUUGAGUAUCACCAAAUUUUUGGGUAUCACCAAUUUUUUGGGUAUCACUAAAUUUGUGGGUAUCACCAAAUUUUUGGGUAUCACCAAAUGUUUGGGUAUCACCAAAUUUUUGGGUAUCACCAAAUUUUUGGGUAUCACCAAAUGUAUGCUAUAUAAUAACAACUCAUAUGAGAUAAGAUAGAAAAAGUUGUAUAGUUAGAUGUUUCAGUAUUUUGUGAACAGUUAUAUUUUCAUUAUCAUUUCUUAUAUAACACUAUUUAUAUGAUUAUAUUCUAAUAUAAAGAUUAUAAUUCUGAGAACUAAUUAAAUAUUAUAGAACCGUUUAAAAUAAUGUAGAGUCAUUAUAUUAGGUAUCAUAGAUCGGUAGCUCUGGAAUUGUGUACUCAGUCAGAUACAGGCCAUGUUAGUAAAUAUGAUUGGUUCAUUGUCCUCAGAUACAGGCCAUGUUAGUGAAUCUGAUUGGUUCAUUGUACUCAGAUAAAGGCCACGUUAGUCAAUCUGAUUGGUUCAUUGUCCUCAGAUACAGACCACGUUAGUGAGUCUGAUUGGUUCAUUGUCCUCAGAUACAGACCACGUUAGUGAGUCUGAUUGGUUCAUUGUCCUCAGAUACCGGCCAUGUUAGUGAAUCUGAUUGCUUCAUUGUACUCAGAUACAGGCUACGUUAGUAAAUCUGAUUGGUUCAUUGUCCUCAGAUACAGGACAUGUUAGUGAAUCUGAUUGGUUCAUUGUCCUCAGAUACAGGCCAUGUUAAUGAAUCUGAUUGGUUCAUUGUACUCAGAUACAGGCCACGUUAGUGAGUCUGUUUGGUUUUUAUUGUACUCAGAUACAGGCCACGUUAGUGAGUCUGAUUGGUUCAUUGUACUCAGAUGCAGGCCAUGUUAGUGAAUCUCAUUGUUUCAUUGUACUCAGAUACAGGCGAUGUUAGUGACUAAGUUAGUGGCUGAUCGAAUCUAGCUUAUAGUUUUAGACAGAUUGUCACAUGUCGUGUAUACAUUACAAAGUUACUAUUUUUAUAACUUAACCAGGCUAUGGGAAAGUCUGGCAACACAAUCAUUUCAAACUUGUUUUAUAUUUAUAACUCGCAAACUUCUUUUAAUACAAUGAAAAUGGAAGAACGUGUUGAAAAAAAGUGUCCACAUCCAGUCGCGUAGCUAGGAUUGGUGUCACCUGGUGCGGUCAGCAACUCCUUACCCCCUAGCUACGCCAGUUUCCACAUAUUCAAAUUUAUAUAGAUGGAUUAAAUACUUUGUAAAACAACUUUUGAUUAUAGUUAUUGUUGUU